AUGACUAGGCGACAUUGUGGGCUGAUUUUCCCUCCUGGGACUUAUCAAGCUCCGCAAUUCUACUGGAGAGGUGGAGAUGAGUUCAAGGAGGCAGAACAUCUACAAUCUGAUUAUCUACAAACAAAAAGAGAGCAUUCUAAAGUGAAAAAAGAACUUGAAGAAAUCCAAAACGAGUAUCGCGAGGUAAAUGAAGCACUUACGAAUAGAGAAGAGCAAGCAGUAGCACUAGCUUCGUCAUUAGGCGGAGCUUCAGCUACAACUGGCGAAAAUUCAAGACUUAAUAAAGAAAUUGCGAAACUUACUGUCGAAAUUAGCAAUAUAGAAGAAAAAAUUACUGAAGCUUCAGAAAGAACUCAACCAGUAUAUCUUGCACAACUAGAAAGAGAAAGAUCACAAAUUUACGUUGCUGUAGAGCGAUUAACGCAUGAUUUAGAGUCAACACAGAAAGAAAUACAUGAUUUGAAUCAAGAGUAUUACUCCCUACUUACGAGCGAUGAAUGGAUGGACGCAAAUAUGAUAAAUUCUCAAUAUCAGAUUAUAAAUAGAGAACGACUAAAACUCAGAUCAGAAGUCAAUAAACACUUCGAAGAUCAGAAUUAUGCUAAAGAAAGUAAACCAGACACUUCUAAUCGAACCAAAAAAUCGAUUUCAAGUACUGCCAACGUGGCAGAGCUUUUAGAUCAGAGCGAAAUAUAUCAGAAUCAGCUAAACAGCGCAUCUCAUAACAGAUUCAUGGCGCAAACUACAAGAAAAGUCUUAGUUGCGACAAAAUUAGAUAUAAUUGCACAAUUAAAUACAAUUCUUUCAGAUCUCAAUCUUGAAGAAGUAAAUAUAGAUGAAUUAAAGGAUAAAUACCUUCCUGAUGGCCCACUUACGCCAACAAAAAGGCCAGCAACUCAAUUAUCAAGUAGAGGCGUGAAAACAGCGCGCAGCAUUCGUAGGCCGCUUUCGAAAACCGGCCGUAUGUAG